AUGGGCAAACGCAAAAAGUCGUCCCGAAAGCCACAAGGUCCUCGUAAGCGGGACCCACUUUCGACUACUUUCACAUGUCUAUUUUGCCACCAUGACGAUUCCGUUACUGUCAGGUUAGAUAGGAAAGAAGGGCUUGCUCAGUUAUUCUGCAAGGUGUGCGAUCAGCGAUACCAGAGCAAGGUCAAUCAUUUGACAGAACCCAUAGACAUUUACUCGGAAUGGAUCGAUGCUGCAGACGCCGCUGAGAAAGAGGCUCUGUCUACGCGCAGGCCCGUGGCCUCGUCUAGUCGCGCCGCACCUCCGCCAUCCUUUGGCAGCGAUAAUGAGUAG